AUGUCCAAAGGAAAGUACUACGAAUUUAACUCGAGUUAUGGUUUUGCUACUAUUAACUACGACCAAAACCAUAAAAUCUUGACAUUAAACGAAAUAAAAAAUGCCUUGCAAACUUGGACAUCAACCAAAACCAAGCCAUCGAAAAUUGAAUAUUUAGCCGUCAGCACUGUAACCAAAGGAGAUAACAAACACGCGCACGUGUUUUUUAAACUAGAUGAAACCGCACACUCUCGAAAAAGACCAUUAAUAAAUGUAAACAACACAACAUAUUCUGUAUUCUUCACAGCAGUAACUGAACAUCCAGAAUUCGAUGGAUCAUUUAUGAAUAUAAUUAGAUAUUUAGAGAGACAAGCAAAGAAGCACGGAGAAGAAGCUAAAUUUGAAGAAUUUGGCAAAAGACCCAACACAAAAGGAAGAAUUGGAGGCAAUGAAAUUAUGAAAGCCUUGAAUAUUCCAACUCUUAAAGAAGCCAGUGCCUAUUUACAAGAUUCAUCUCCCAUGUGGUGGCUAAACAAUGGAAAGAAAUUCAGAGAUGCAUGGAGAGAGAAACACGCUAACGAUAAAACAGAACGUAUUAAAAUUAAAUUAUUUCCUUGGGACGAAAAUAAUUCAUUAGUAAAAAAUGCGAGAGCUUGGCUAAAGAUAGUAAAAUCGGGGAAAGUAAAAAGAACCAAAUUACUUGUGUUGUUGGGAGAAACAAGAAUAGGAAAAAGUGAGUUCAUAAACGAUCUCUUAAAAGAUACCAAGGUACAAGAAUUUCGAGGAAGAGUAAUGUUUGAUGGAAAAGACUCGCUCGCUAAAUAUGAAGUAAGACUAUUUGAUGAUGCUAAUCUAGCUGCAAUGGAUUGGUUCGAAUUUAAAGCAAUAGUUAGUACAAAUGGAGAAAAAAUUACAAUGAAUGUAAAAUAUGACCAUGCUGAUGUAAUAAGUCUUCCAACCAUUGUAGUAUUAAAUACUGAGAACUGGAACUUAAUGAAAGAAAUAGCUAAAGAAAGAGGAGAUGCUAAAUGGUUAGAAGAGAAUGCCACUGUAUUGUUUUCAAAAGACAAGCUAUAUAAACAACCAGAAAGAAGAAAGAAAAGUAUAGAAGAACUAAAACAAAUCUACGGUGAUUUAGAUCCAGAUAUAUUAAGUAUGUAUAGCCAAGCCGAUGAUGAAGAAGUAGAUAAUGAAGAAGAAUAUCUCAAUUCAAGUGAUUCUAUAGAAGAAGCGAGAUUAUUAUUAGAACAAGAACAGCCAGUAAUAGAUGAAGAACCAACAAAAAGAAUAGCAGUAGACGACCAUGAAAUAUACAAAAAAUUCUUUGAUGUAAGUAAGAAUAUAAUCAGUCAACAAGGAAAAAAUAAAUACAUUACGACACAAAGUGGGAAAAAGAUAAAGAUUGCUAGUAGAGAUAACAGUGAAGAAGAAGAAAGUGAAGAUGAUCCUGAAGAAUUAGCUAGUAGAUGGACAGGUGGAAAUUUUUAA